AUGGGAAUUUGUACAAGUAAGGAAACUAAGAUGAAAAGACCCGUUAAAGCGCCAAUUUUACGGGUAGCCGAAGUUUCAAGCAGUUCUCGCCUAGAGUCAAUCAGAGAUAAAUACGAUUUUAUCAAGGUUUUAGGCUACGGGCAAUUUGGAACGGCUCCAUGUCAAAUGAUCAUGCAUUUUUGAUAGUGCAAAAUCUCCUAGGAGAAUUUUUUUUCAAAUCAUUUUUGAUAGUGAGACAUUUGACCGAAAAACCGUUAAAUUUUGGCCAAAGUGCAUUAUUUAAAAUUUUCGACCAAAUUUUAAUCGAUGAAAUAUACACUAUUAAAAGUAUACGAUCAUUGGAUCUGCACCCGUUUGGAACAGUAAGGCUUGCAACUAAGAAAAGCGAUACGAUGUCUCAAAAAAAAAGAUUAUAUGCUAUUAAAUCGAUUUGUAAAGAUCACGUCAAGAAAAACCUCGAAUCUAUGAAAAGGGAGUUGGAAAUUUUAAAAUUGGCUGAUCACCCUAAUAUUGUAAAACUUUACGAAAUUUAUGAAGACACAAAAUACAUUCACCUCGUCAUGGAGUACUGCUCUGGAGGUGAUUUAUGCGAUUAUCUCAUUCAAAAAGAGGUUUUAACUGAAAAAGAAGUUUCAGCAUUAAUGAAGCAGAUUUUUUCUGCAGUAAAUCAUUUGCAUAGCCUGAAGAUAUGCCACAGAGAUAUUAAGCCUGAAAACUUUUUAUUAGCUAGCAGUACUGGUGAGCCUGAAGUAAAAUUGACUGAUUUCGGAAUGUCUGUCAAAUUCGGAGAUGAUAAAAUGAAAUCCAUGGUUGGUACUCCAUACUUUGUAGCUCCAGAAGUCCUUAAAGGUAGGUAUGGAAAAGAGUGUGAUAUAUGAUCAUCAGGAGUUUUAAUGUAUUUUAUGCUAUCGGGAAAGCACCCAUUUAAAGGAGUGGAUUUAAAAGAUUUAUUUCUUAGAAUCGUAAAAGGUAAAUUUUCGUUCCCAGAAAAGCCUUGGAGUCACAUUUCAAAAGAAGCUAAACAUCUGAUUCAGCAAACCCUCGUGCCGAAUCCAGCCAAAAGGAUUUCAAUAAACCGAGCCUUAGGCCAUCCUUGGUUUAAAACGCUUGAUGACCCAGCUGAGCAUCCUCCAAUCAACCUAGAAAUCUUUAGUGCGUUAAAAAAAUUCAAGGCUCCAGGCAAACUAUGGCAAGAAGCUAUGAAAGUCUUUGUAAGGAAUAUCUCUGAAGAAAAAUACGAAGAGCUCGGAGCGAUGUUCAAAGAAAUAGACCAGUCAAAUACUGGAUUUGUAACCGCUCAAGAUAUUGUAGAUGCGAUGAGAAGAAAUGGCUAUGAAAUUUUGGGUGAAGAAAUAGAAGCUUUAAUGAGAAACAUUGAAUAUAUUGGACAUGGGAAAUUAAAUUAUACUCAGUUUCUCAUAGCAGCUCUAGCUAGAAAAAGGGUUCUUGACGAUGAAGCUAUGUGGGCAGUUUUUAAUCAUUUCGAUAUAUAGCGCUUUCCCGAGGAUGGCGCGGAAUGGCGCCAUCCUCGGGAAGGCCAGGAAGGCAUCCACACGGGAACUGGGAGUUCCACGUGUGGAUGCCAUUUUGACAAUUGGAAGUUUGGAUCCCACAUGUCAAAAAUGGCAUCCACACGUGGAACUCCCAGUUCCCGUGUGGAUGCUUAGUUGACUUUCCCGAGGAUGGCGCCAUUCCGCGCCAUCCUCGGGAAAGCGCUAUAACUCAUUCUGGAACUAUAAGCCUUGAUAAUCUAAAGUUUGCUUUAGAAAAAGCUGGCUGCUUCAUUUCAGAAGCAGAUUUUGAAGAAAUUGUAAAUGAAUUUGAGCUGAAAGCAGGAAAAGACAUGAACUAUGAAGAAUUUAAAGAAAUUAUGACAUGUUUUUCUGAAGAAAACUCAUUUGUUAUAUUAACUGAUGAGGAUGAAGCAAGAGUAACAGAAAGAAGACAAACCAAGAGAUUGUCUAUGAAACGAAUGACUAUUCGAAGAGCAACCAUGAAGGAAAAUCAGCAGCUGAUCGAAAAUAAAAUGGAAACAUUUAAAGAAGUUUCUGGAGAUACUAAAUCCUUCAUUACUUCGCUAGCAAAUUUUUUUUUCUGAAAAUAAUUUGAUAUAUAUUAAAUUAUUAUGAUAAAAUCUCCAGGUAGUUAUAGAUAAUUGCACCCUGAAAGAAUCAUUUGAUCUAAAUUAGAUUUUUCCAAAAAAUAUUUAUAGAGAUAAUUUUAUGUGAAAUUUAAACCUCUAUUAGCUAGUAAGAGGAGUAAAGUAAUUGAGAAUUAA